AUGAGGCAGCACAUGGCGAGAUAUUUGGCGGAGCAACAGAGCUUGAUGCGACGGGGAUAUUAUGCCUCGUUGUCCCGGAGCCAGCGACGAGCGAAUCGGCUCUCGCAGGAUGGCGAAGGGCAACGGAGGGAGGCGUCCCCUGAGCUGCAGCUCCUUGCGUCCCCACUGAUCUCAUCGGAAGGGUCAGUGGGAGCCACAGGGUCGCCGCUGGUGUCUCCUGGGGCCAGCGAAGCCGACAGCGACGUGGUGAUGACAAGCUGGGAGCCAGCCCCCAAGAAGGCUCGACCAGUGGCGAAGCGGCCCUCAACAGAGGCGGAGGAGCGACCGACGGUGAGGCGGCCACCGACAGACGCCGAGGAGCGGGAAGCCGAGGCGAAGCGGCCCUCAACAGAGGCGGAGGAGCGACCGACGGUGAGGCGGCCACCGACAGACGCCGAGGAGCGGGAAGCCGAGGAGAAGCGGGUCGCGGAGUGGCGGCGGCGGAUCGCGCUAGAAGCAGCAAAGGAGGCGCUGCGACAGCGGCAGGUCUGGGAGGACGCGCGGGCGCUGGCGAAGAGUCUGAAGGCCACGCAGGAGGCGGAGCAAGCGGCCGAGGAGGCCAAGGAAAAGGCCCGGCGGGAGGCGGAGGAGCACCACCGGACGUGUGUGCUGGAAAAGGUGGCGGCCGAAUUGCGAGAGAAGGAGCGGCGGAGGGCCGAGGAGAAGAGCCGCGAGGAAGAGGCAAGGCGGGGCGCAGAGGAGGAGGAGAGGCCACGGCAGAAGAAGAGUGGCAGGAGCGACUACGUCGGGCGGAAGAGGAGGAGGAGGGCCUGUGGCAGCCUUCCCCUACGACACCAGAGCCCGAAGACCGUGGCCAGGCCGCGCCGGACGAGGAGGAGGAGGAGCUGUGGCAGCGACGACCGCGGACCGAGGAAGAGGCGAGGUUCCCCGAAGGAGGACGGGGGCCCCAAGCCUCGUCCCAGCAAUAGCGGCCGGGAGCGGACGCCUCGUUGCAGCAGCAGCAACACCAGUGGUAGGGACCACAAGGCGCGGUGA